AUGCCUGCCCCGACAACAUGGCACGCUGGCGAGCUGGCCGCACAAGAAGCGCGUGGUUACGAGGAUUACAUGAUGGAAGGUCCAACGAGAUCGAUGAUUGAAGGUCUUCCAGAUCAAAUGCGUCCCUUUUUGUCGCAGCUCAGCUUUCUGCCCGUCACCACGCUGGAUGAGGAUGGCAGACCUUGGGGUUCCAUCCUUGCAGGCUCCAAAGGCCAGCUGGGAUUCCUGAAGCCUUUGGAUGACGUUGAGCAAGAGUUGCAGGGCUCUGUACGCGUCCAUGCCUCGAUGCCUCCUGGCACUCCCGCUUUGCGCGCGAUCCGCAGAGCGACGGAGCAAAAGGCAAGCAGCUCGCAGGCUUUUGGCGAUCAAGACGUCCUAUGCUCCGCAGUGGGCGUCAUGCUCGAGAACCGAAGGCGCAACAAAUUCGAAGGCCGCAUCGUGGAUGUGCAGGCCGAGCAUCACGCGAAUGUGGAAUGGACGUGGCAGAUGAGCUCGACGUUGGGCAAUUGUCCAAAGUGUGAGUAGUCGUCGCUGAUGAUGUGCGCGGCAGCAGCCUCACCGAUAUUCUCGUCCGUGAGCCGUCGUCGCUGAUGAUGUGCGCGGGAGUAGCCUGACCAACAUUCUCGUCCGUGCAGACAUCAACAUUCGACGCAUCGUCCCUUCCAGCACGAGACGAGCCGCCGCGCUCGUUGAAGAAGAUACACACCCACAAAUAGGCACACCCAUGCCCACGACACUUUUAGAGUUGAUCAGCGAAGCGGAAAUGUGCUUCCUGCACACCAAGCAUUCAGGCUCCGUCGGUGGGUGGAAUCCCGAUCCAGACCGCUUGGGCUGCAACAUCCGCGGAGGACCUCGAGGCUUCUUGCGGUCUUACUUUGACGAGCAGAGAGGACGCACAGCGAUCGUGCUGCCCGACUGGAGCGGCAACAGGAUGAUGCAAUCGUACGGCAAUGUCACGCACGACGGCCUCGCGAGCUUGUCCAUUCCCGUGUGGGGCAUAUGCCUGAAACAUGAAAGCCCGCCCACCGAUGCGCUGUACCUGACUGGGCAAGCAGAGGUGUUGGCUGGAGAAGAGGUGCGCAAGCUGAUUCGGGGCGUUGCGGGCGCUUUGAGGAUUUGGGUGACCGGCUGGGUGUACAUCAAGAACGCCUUGCCGCUCGCCGUGGACGCGAGGGAAGCGCAUCAGCGAUUGUCCCUAGAAAGUCCUUCACAAGCGCUGAAUCACAAGGCGUUGUUGGACGCGUCGAUGCUUUGGUCUCCCUACAACCCACCGGUCCGACUGCUCGCCAGCGAAAAGCCAUCAUCACGGAUGGCAGACGAUGCACCCCUCGCCACCCUCAUCAAAGUUCGAUUCGCUUCGGACGUUUUGGCUACCUUUACCUGGAGCAUCGACAGCAAGCAUGCCAGCACGUGGGCUGCAGGCCGUCACAUCGUCCUGGACGCGCACGCAGCGUUGGAUUCCAGAGUGACGCAGUAUCAGCACAUGUCGUUCAGCAAGGGCGGCGAAAAAGAUCUGAACGAUGACGGCGUCCGAAGCUGGACCAUCACUGCUUGCAGGCCGGGGGCAGAGCAAGGCGCCACAGAGCUUGAUGUCACACUUCGAAGGGUGCCUAGAGGAGGCGUGACUCCGGGAUUGUUCCACCGCGGCAAGAUUCUAAACUCUGACAUUAGCGUGCAGUCUCCACCGCCGUUGCUGAAGCUGCCACUGAUGGGUAUUGAAGGCCAAGUCAUACUGCCUCCAGCUAGCCAGACCGCGUCGGAUCGUGCAUCAACCCUCGUGCUCACCUAUCUCGUCGCAGGCAUAGGCUUUACUCCUCUUUUGGCCCACCUUUCACACCUAAGAUCGCCUAUGGGGAAUCGGCCCGCAGAGGUGCUGGUCGUUUUUGCGACUCGUGCAAUCGAGGCUGCACCGCUACUCGACUUGCUCUAUCGCACCUUGGCGCAUCCCACCAGCGCAGUUGCCCUCAGUCACCCUCUUGUGGUCACUGUGCACCUCCUAUUGGCUUUCGCAGAGGGCGAGGAGCGCAAGUUGGACCUGCCCGAACCUCCUACAGCCGAGAGGCUCUCUCUGCAUCUCCAUCUUUACGCUUCUGCGCGACUGACAGCUACCUCUCUGCAGCAUCCGGCCAUCCCCAUCGCAAAGACCGACGCACAACGACACCGUCCCUUUGUGCUCCCGCUCGACGAUGUCGAGAAAGUCAAGCAGAGCGACGCCAUCGUCGUCUGUGGCGCUCCUCGAUUCGACAGCGUGGCCAAGCUCGCUCUCACCAAGGCGGGAGUCGAAGCGGGGUCGAUCAAAUCUGAAAGCUUUGCAUUUUGA